GUUCAAUUUCUAUGCCAGUCAUUUGGACGUGAUUCAUAUCGACCUACUUAUACGUUGUCGUGCCAAUUCGUCAUGGACACACAUUAUGAAGGAAGGAGCAAAGGCGACCCAGUGCAGAUCACGGAAGAUGAAGCAGCUGUUUAUGACCGUCAGAUACGAUUAUGGGGCCUUGAAGCUCAGCAACGAAUGUGCAAUGCCACCAUCUUGGUUAUCCGACUGCGGGGUACCGCGACAGAAGCAAUCAAAAACAUCGUUUUGGCAGGGAUAGGGAAACUUGUCAUCUACGACUCAGAAGAAGUUAAGGAGGAGGACUUGGGAGCUGGCUUCUUUUUCAGAGAUGAGGAUGUGGGGGAAAAGAGAGUAGAUGCCGCAAAGGCUCGAAUAGAGGCACUGAAUCCACUUGUUACAGUGCAAGCCCUGAGACAUUCAACGCUUCUAGAGCAGGGGUCUUUAGAAGCCCUCAUUAUGAGUGUUGAUUUGGUUUGCAUCAAGAUCAACGACAUCUGCCGGCAGUUUGGGAAGUCGUUCUAUGCUGGUGGUACUUACAUUUGGUUGGCUUGCUCGCAUGAUUACAUUUCUCCGAAAGUGACCGAUCAGGCACACAAAGAAGCACCAAAGAAUGUGAAAGCGACUGCAUCCUACUCACGGCUGUCGACGACUUUGCAGCUUCGGUGGAUAGGUCUGACAAAACGCCAGACAAAGGAACUCAACCCCGCUGUAGUGCAUAUCAUUCUAGGCAAACUUCCAGAUGACAUUGACGCAACCUCUGAGCUAGGGCAGGUAGCCAAUUCUAUCCUCGCUUCGUCAGACGUUAACCGACAAGUUCUGACUUCAGUUCCUCCGGAUUUGAUUGAUGCAAUGAGCACAUCAGCUGUGCAUGAGUUUUCGCCGACAUGCGCAGAUAUUUUGAAAGCUCUCGCCACUCGAGAAGCGCCGAUAGCAAACUUUUUCACGUUCGAUGGAAACACAGGUGGUGGAUCGGUGUGUAGGAUGAGCAUGUAGUUGAUACUGUUGGGCCAUAUACGUGAUGUUUGUUUGAUUAUUUGUGAUCUAUCAUCACCACGGCAAUAUUGUCGACAUGUGGCGUUACAAUUUCAAA